GUUCUUCGGUACGCAGACGGCCGCUGUGGCGGAGGUGGUGGUGGAAGAAUUCUUCACGACGGACGGACGACGACCCGAUCAAAUCUUGAUCGCUACCGAGCUCGAUCAGUACUACUUCCUCUGUUAUAAUUACUUGCAUGGCGGAUUCCGACAACGAGUCCGGCGGAAAGGGCGGAGGCGCCGGCGGAUUAUCGGGGGCGGGGCGGGAGCAUGACCGGUUCCUCCCGAUCGCUAACGUGGGCCGGAUCAUGAAGAAGGCGCUGCCGGCGAACGCGAAGGUGUCGAAGGAGGCGAAGGAGACGGUGCAGGAGUGCGUGUCGGAGUUCAUCAGCUUCGUAACCGGCGAGGCCUCCGACAAGUGCCAGCGCGAGAAGCGCAAGACCAUCAACGGCGACGACCUCCUCUGGGCCAUGACCACCCUCGGCUUCGACGACUACGUCGAGCCCCUCAAGGCCUACCUCCAUCGAUUCCGCGAGACGGAGGGCGACAAAGCCGCGGCCGCCGCCGGCGCCUCCUCCUCCUCUGGCAAUGGCGGAAUGGUGGCGGUGGGCAGCGGUGGCCGGCAGAUGUACGGCUCGGCGGCGCCGUUCCAACACAUGGCAAGUGCUAAUGAUGGUGGAAGACACGGUGGAGCUGGAAUAUGAUUUGUAACUGUGUUUAUCCUUAAUCUUCAAACUAAUGGAGUGUUAUAAUUCGAGUUUUAAAAAAUAAU